AAGAAAGGGCAUCUGGUCUCGUUUCAAAAUUUGAAAUACAGCACGGAGCCAUGUGUACCGUUGGAAAGACUCAACACUCAGCAACCUCAUAACAAAGAAGCUCACACACCAACAAACACGAAUUGAACAACUCUCACAGUAUGAGACGCCAUGGCUGGCAACGUCCUCUUCACACAUUACAGAUAGUGGGCAUAUCAGUCUUCUGUUUCCUCUUAGUUACCUUUUACUGCUUCCUCGGUCUCCUCCUCGGUAAUCGGGUUGUCGAAAUCACUGUCACCUCUGUUUUCUCCUUCGUGGCAAUUUCUGCUGCAUUUCUAUUUAUUAGGUGUGCGGCCAUUGAUCCAACUGACAAGACGAGGCUUAGAACGAAGAGGAAAAGCACUCGCAGUGGAUUUUCGAACGUUAAUUAUGGAUUUGUGUUGGGUCAAAUUGUUGUGAGAUUUCUUAGGAGAAUUGAGCGAAGAGUACUUAAGACAUUUAUAAGGAGGAAGUACUUGGAUCCUUUGAAAAGUAAUCUUCAUUUAGAGCCUUUGCUCACAUUUCCCCUUCUCGUUAAAGAUGAUUUAGUCGCGCCACAGACGAAAGAUGAUGACAUUUCAUUUUGUUCGCUUUGUGAUUUUGAGGUUAAAAAGCGUAGCAAACACUGUAGGACCUGCAACCGAUGUGUGGAGGGAUUUGAUCACCACUGCAGAUGGUUAAACAAUUGUGUCGGGAAGAAGAACUAUACCACCUUCAUUUUUCUAAUGAUAUCCCUCUUGAUAAUGCUGCUUAUUGAAGGAGGGACAGCUGCUGCAAUAUUUGUAAGGUGCUUUGCCAACAAAAGGAGCAUAGAGCAAGAGAUUCAGAGAAGAUUCAGUGCCAAGUUCCCUAGAGGAGUUCUGGCAACAAUUUGUGCAAUUUUGUUUCUUAUGACGUCAUAUUGUUCAGCAGCGCUGGGCCAGCUUUUCUUUUUUCAUAUAGUUCUCAUCCGAAAGGGAAUGAGAACUUAUGAUUACAUUUUGGCAAUGAGAGAGGAGAACCAGUCCAUGGAGCUUUUAGAGUCAUCAGAAGAUUCAGAUUCAUCCUCAGAUGAGAGCAUCGACUUUGAUUCACCUGAGAAGCCGUCACUUAUUUCUAGAGUUACAUGCAGAGAAAAAAGAAUGAAUCAGAAUCUGCAGACAGUAUCUAUAAAAAUUGAUGGAGAAACUGAAUCAUCCACAUUAAAAGAAAAGCGAGGUUUUCGAGCUAACAUUGACCCCUGGAAACUUAUAAGUAUGAGUAGAGAGAAAGCACUACAAGCAGCUGAAAAGGCAAAGGAACGGCUCAUCAAGCAGAAGGAAACACUAGACCCGUUGAAGCCACUACCACAAGAAACAAGAAGUGGACCACUGACGAAUUUGGACACUAAUAGAGUUCCUUUAGCUGUAGCUAGCGGUAGGGAACUUGCUUUGUCGAAAGAAAUGAUCAUCACAAAAGGGAGGGUAGCCCGUGCUGGGGGAUCACCAAUGCAGCUUUCUAGUCCAAGGCGACGGCGUUCCUAUUCUCCUACAGUUGUCCCUACACCUCGUAGUGGUAAUGCUACUGUAGCAUCCCCAUCACCAAAGCAUAGAUAUAAAGGCAAUUUCGACUUGAAGUUAACACAAGUCUCCAGGGAACUUGAGACUUACAUUUCAAGGCAGGUAUUAUUCUCUGCCUUGAAGAAAGAAAACGAGAUUGCAGCAUCACCGAGAUAGUUUGGUUGGGUACAUUAUUUAUCUUCUUGUAGUUCACUUGUUAUAGUAUUUAUGUUACUGGAGUUGUUGCACAGGUUAACUUCAUCAUCUUAACGAACACAACAGUUGUAUGAUAAUGCUACCUGCAAUACCUUAUUUAUUUAUGUUCCCCAACAAAGUGGGAUUGUAACAUACAGGCUCCUCUCUUGUUCGAGGAAUAUUUGUUGCCCUUCGAAUUAAUAGAAAAUUCUAUUAAAUGAGGCA